CCUAACAGCACUCCCAGAGCACUGGGUACCCAGCACUGAGCACAUCCAUUCUUUGAGCUGAAAAUGAUGUGCAGUACCAAGAGUUUGCUCCUGGCUGCUUUGAUGUCAGUGCUGCUACUCCACCUCUGCAGCAAGUCAGAAGCAGCAAGCACCUUUGACUGCUGCCUCCAAUAUACAGAACGAAUCCUUCACCCCAGAUUUAUCGUGGGCUUCACACAGCAGCUGGCCAAUGAGGCUUGUGACAUCAACGCAAUCAUCUUUCACACAAGGAAAAGAUUAGCCGUGUGUGCAGAUCCAAAGAAGAACUGGGUGAAACAAGCUGUUCGUAUCCUCAGUCAAAGAGUCAAGAAGAUGUAAAAACAGAUGCUCCCUGGAAUGGAAUUGGACGCAGCCCAAGAACAAAAAGAACCCAGCCGGAGCUGGUUCCACCGGCACGCUGCUGGGGGCUCAGAGCUUAUCUAGUUUGCACCUCUUUGGACUUGUCCAGUUAAUGAAGUUGAUUCAUAUUGCAUCAUAGUUUGCUUUGUUAAGCAUUACCUUAUACUCUAUUUUAUGUUAUGUUAUUUAUGUAUGUGGGUUUUUUGUGUUUUGCUAUUUAAUGCUGGUUUUCCAUAAGCUGUUUGAUUUAGUAUGAGUUAGAAAGUUAAGUUUGAAGGAAUAAGAUACAGACAAGCAGAAGGCUAUUUUAAAAAAAGAAGCAUCUAACGUUCUUCUGUUUGUAUAGUUUUCUUUCCUACACUGUUGUAAUUACCUUGUAAAAAAGAAAAAAAUGAUAAGAAAAAUAAAUAUUGAAAAUAAAAGAAAGCACCAAAAA